AUGGAAGGGGUUAAUCUAUUGGUAAACAAGAGGAGACAAUAUGGGCAACAAAUGCAAGGCAAUCAAGAUCAAUAUGAGCAAGGUAGUAGUGGUUACAACCAGGAUGAUAGGUUUCAAAGGCCUCCAAUGCUUCAACAACCAAACAAUCCGCCUCCAUUUUCGUCCCAAGGUCCUAGCUCGUCCAACAAUGAGAUGGGACAGAUUGAGUCAAUGUUUGAGAAAAUGAUGAAGAAAAACGCUGACUCUGAUGCCCAAUUGGAGUCCCAUAAUACUUCUAUCCGCAACGAGGUCCAACUUGGUCAAAUUUCUCAAGGUUUGAACACUCGCCCUAAGGGGGCACCACCUAGUGACACGAUAGUAAACCCGAAGGGUGGGAACAAUACCGGUCAUGCAAUAGCGUUGACCACAAGGAGCGGUAGAGGUGGUGAAGCAAGUACCUCUAAGAAAAAGGAAGUUGUGAGUGAUGAUGUUGAAGUGCAAAAUAACGAUGAUCCAAUAGUUGAUGAGCAAGUGAGUGAAGAGAAUGUGAAUGGUGAGGUGAGAAUUGAUAUUCAUGACAAUGAGAAGGAGACUCAAAAUGACGUGAACCCAUCUAGGGAACAUGUGAUAGACAUACCAGAAAUGUUCAAAAAGUUUACUGAGAUGAUGAAAAGUUUGUCGAACAAUAUGUCCUUGGUGGAAGCUCUUAAGCAAAUGCCGGGGUAUGCCAAGUUUAUGAAAGACUUGCUUGAAGAUCCUGGCGCAUUUACCAUUCCGUGUACCAUUGGAAUUGCAGAUUUUGCAAGGGCCUUGUGUGAUUUGGGAGUAAGUAUAAAUUUGAUGCCUUACUCUGUAUUCAAAACUUUGGGUGUUGGUCAACCGAGAGCUACUUCAAUAAUAUUGCAAAUGGUGGAUAGAACAAUGAAAAGGCCGCUUGGUAUUAUUGAUGAUGUUCUUGUCCGGGUUGAUAAGUUUAUUUUGCCUGCGGAUUUUGCUCGACUGAGAAAUCGACUAUGA